AUGGCUAGUUCAUCUAGUAAUACUGCUGGUAUACCUGCACCUUUAGUUGAAGGCUACUCAAUCACUAGACCACCACUUUUCAAUGGCACUAAUUAUUCAUUUUGGAAAGUAAGAAUGAGAAAUUUCAUACAAUCUGUAGAUAUUGAUGCAUGGAGAAUUAUUAAAAAUGGUCCACAUGUUCCUCAAAAGAAUGGUACUGGAACUACAAAAGUUCCAAAACAUGAAGAUGAAUAUGAUGACAAUGAUUGGAAGAAAAUCUCUAUAAAUGCUAAAGCUAUUAAUAUUUUGCAUUGCUCACUUGACCUUAAUGAAUACAAUCGUGUUUCAGGAUGUCAGUCUGCUAAGGAAAUUUGGGAUAAGCUUGAAGUGACUUAUGAAGGAACUGAUGUUGUUAAAGAGUCUAAAGCAAACCUUCUGAUUCGAGAUUAUGAGUUGUUUGAAAUGAGGCCAGGAGAAUCAAUUGCAGAUAUGAGUACAAGGUUUACUGAUCUUGUAAAUCUUCUCAAAGCACUUGGUAAAAAAUUUGAGGAAGCUGAACUUGAGAAGAAAAUUCUUAGAUCACUUCCAAAGUCUUGGGAAGCAAAGACAACAGUUAUCCAAGAUACUAAAGAUUUCAAAACGUUCACCUAUGAUGAACUCAUUGGUUCUCUCAUUGCACAUGAAAUGGCUGCUCUUCUUUGUUUGAUGGCAUGUGAGGAGAAAGUUGAGAGCUCACAAAAAGAUGAAGAAAGCGACAAUGAGUGUUGCAAAGGACUGAAGGAAAGUGAUAAAUGGUAUAUAGAUAGUGGUUGUUCAAAGCACAUGACUGGUGAAAAAGACAAGUUUUCAAAAAUUGCAAUGAAAGAUGGAGGAUAUGUAAAAUUUGGAGACAAAGGGAAAGGAAAAAUAAUUGGAAAUGGCACAAUUGGCACCAAACCUUGUAUUGAAGAUGUAUCACUUGUUGAAGGGUUGAAAUACAACUUGCUAAGUGUAAGCCAACUGUGUGAUAAAGGCUUUGAGGUAAAGUUUACUUCGUCUCUAUGUACAAUCAAUAGUUUAGAUAAUGACACAUUGUUCAUUGCCAAUAGAUCAAAUAAUGUUUACUUGCUUGACAUGAAUAAUUUUGAAACUAAUCAUGGUACAUGUCUAGUAUCUCUUGAUAAUUCUAGUUAUUUAUGGCAUAGAAGACUGGGUCAUGCAAGCAUGCAUACACUCUCAAAACUGUCUAAGAAAGAACUUGUUAAUGGUCUUCCUAAGAUUAAGUAUGAAAAUGAAUUUCAAUGUAGAGCAUGUGCACUAGGAAAGCAUACUAGAGCAUCUUUUAAAUCUAAGAAUAUUGUGUCUACCACUAGGCCAUUAGAAUUGCUUCAUCUUGAUUUAUUUGGACCCGUAACUCCUACUAGUCUUGGUGGAAAGUCAUAUGCUUUAGUUAUUGUUGAUGACUAUUCAAGAUAUACAUGGACAUUUUUCCUUGCUCACAAAGAUGAAACUUUUGAAAAAUUCACCUCGUUUAGUAAAAUGGUUCAAAAUGAAAAAGGCUUUUGCAUCUCAUCUAUAAGAAGUGACCAUGGAACUGAAUUUGAAAAUCAUUUGUUUGAGAAAUAUUGUGAUAAAUAUGGAAUCAAUCAUAAUUUUUCAGCUCCUAGAACACCACAACAAAAUGGGGUAGUAGAAAGGAAAAAUAGGACUUUGCAAGAAAUGACUAGAACUAUGUUGAGUGAAAAUAAUUUGCCAAAGUACUUUUGGGCUGAAGCUGUUAAUACAUCUUGUUAUGUGUUGAAUAGAGUUUUGAUUAGACCAAUUUUGAAAAAGACCCCCUAUGAGCUAUGGAAAGGAAGGAAACCAAAUAUCUCUUAUUUUAAAGCAUUUGGUUGUAAGUGCUAUGUGUUAAAUAACAAGAAGGAUAACCUAAAGAAAUUUGAUGCUAAAUCUGAUGAAGGAAUCUUUCUUGGGUAUUCAACAAAGAGUAAAGCCUAUAGAGUGUUCAAUAGAAGAACUUUGGUUAUUGAGGAAACUAUUCAUGUUCUGUUUGAUGAGACUAACCCUUCUGAUUGGAGAUUCCAUAGAAACCAUCCUCAAGAAGACAUUAUUGAUGAUCCAUCUCAGGCUAGAAUUGAAGCUAUUAGAAUGUUGUGUGCCUUUGCAUGUUUCAAGGAUUUUAUGCUUUAUCAAAUGGAUGUCAAGAGUGCAUUUUUAAAUGGUUAUAUUGAUGAGGAAGUGUAUGUUGCACAACCUCCAGGCUUUGAAAAUCAUGAGCAUCCAAAUCAUGUUUAUAAACUUACUAAAGCCUUAUAUGGUUUAAAGCAAGCUCCUAGAGCAUGGUAUGAAAGGCUUAGUAAAUUUCUUUUACAAAAUGAUUUUCAAAGAGGCAAAGUGGAUACAACACUUUUUGUUAAGAAGCAUCAUAAUGAUAUGCUCAUUGUGCAAAUUUAUGUUGAUGAUAUAAUUUUUGGUGCUACUAACGAAUCUCUUUCCAAGAAAUUUUCUAAGAUUAUGCAGAAUGAAUUUGAAAUGAGCAUGAUGGGUGAGCUCACAUUCUUCCUUGGACUUCAAAUUAAACAAAUGAAAGAUGGCAUCUUCAUAAAUCAAUCAAAGUACAUCAAGGAUAUGCUAAAGAAAUUUAAGAUGGAAAAUUUGAAGAGCAUGGGCACUCCUAUGAGUUCAACAAUUAAAAUGGACAGUGAUGAAAAAGGUAAAGAAGUAGAUACCAAACUUUAUAGAGGUAUGAUUGGCUCUCUUUUGUAUCUUACUGCAUCUAGGCCAGAUAUACACUUUAGUGUUUGCUUGUGUGCAAGAUUUCAAUCAUGUCCAAAAGAAUCCCAUCUAAGUGCAGUCAAAAGGAUUUUUAGAUAUCUCAUAGGCUCACAAUCAAUUGGUUUAUGGUAUCCAAAAUGCGAAUCAUUUAAUCUUGUUGGCUAUAGUGACUCUGAUUUUCUUUGGAAGUAGAUCGAUGAAAAAGUACCCGGUACUUGUCAUUUUAUUGGUCAUGCACUAGUUUCUUGGCACAGUAAGAAACAAACUUCAGUAGCUUUAUCUACAGCUGAGGCAGAAUAUAUAGCUGCUGGUAGUUGUGUUGCUCAAAUUUUAUGGAUGAAACAACAAUUGGAAGAUUUUGGUUUAAAAUAUAAUCUUGUUCCAAUUAAGUGUGACAACACAAGUGCCAUAAACUUGGUCAAAAAUCCAGUCCAACAUUCAAGAACUAAACAUAUUGAGAUUAGACAUCAUUUUAUUAGAGAUCAUGUUCAAAAUGGAAAUAUCAAAAUAGAGUUUGUUGCCUCUGAAAAUCAACUUGCUGACAUUUUUACAAAGCCUCUUAAUGAAGAAACCUUUUGUAGAAUUAGAAGGGAAAUUGGUAUGUGUGAAUCACUUGCUUGA